CAUUCUUUCAAGCUCCCGUGCGUCUGUCGGCCUCGACCGUCUCCGUUGCUGAUCGGUCGGCGGCGUCGGUCGAGAUGAACGAUCUGUUCUCGUCGAGCUCGUUCAAGAAGUAUGCGGACGCGAGCCCGGCGGGCGGCGGCGGCGGCGCUGCCGACAUGGAGGCCGGCGGCGAGGGCGUGGUGAACCUGGACCAGUUCUUCGAGGACGUGGAGGGCGUGAAGGAGGACAUGCGCGGGCUGGAGGCGCUGUACAAGCGGCUGCAGUCGACGAACGAGGAGACCAAGACGGCGCACGACGCCCGCGCCGUCAAGGCCCUCCGCUCCCGCAUGGACGGCGACGUCGAGCAGGUGCUCCGCCGCGCCAAGGGCGUCAAGGGAAAGCUCGAGGCCUUCGACCGAGACAACGCCACCUCCCGCAAGGUCCCCGGCUGCGGCCCCGGAUCCUCCACCGACCGCACCCGCACCUCCGUCGUCGCCGGCCUCGGCAAGAAGCUCAAGGACAUCAUGGACGACUUCCAGGGGCUGAGGACGAGGAUGGCGGCGGAGUACAAGGAGACGGUGGCGCGGCGGUACUACACGGUGACGGGGGAGAAGGCGGAAGACAGCACGAUCGAGUCGCUCAUCUCGUCGGGGGAGAGCGAGUCGUUCCUGCAGAAGGCGAUCCAGGAGCAAGGGCGCGGGCAGGUGAUGGACACCAUCUCGGAGAUCCAGGAGCGGCACGACGCCGUCAAGGACAUCGAGCGCAGCCUGCUCGACCUGCACCAGGUCUUCCUCGACAUGGCGGCGCUCGUCGAGGCGCAGGGCCACCAGCUCAACGACAUCGAGAGCCACGUCGCGCACGCCAGCUCCUUCGUCCGCCGCGGCACCGUCGAGCUGGAGGUGGCGCGGGAGUACCAGAAGAGCAGCCGCAAGUGGGCCUGCAUCGCCGUCCUCGCCGGCAUCGUGCUCAUCGCCGUCCUCGUCCUCCCGGUGCUCGUCAACCUCCGCAUCUUGACGCUCAGAUGAUUCAUUCAAUCCAUUCCCAUCCUAGCUAACUCCGUGUCAAACUAAUUCAUUUACUAUUUUCCCCCUUCAAGUAUGCUAAUUUCGAUUUCGUUU